UUUGGAGAAAUUACUUGAUAAAAAUGAAGAUAUGCAUGAACAAGACCAGUGGCAUGAACCUGGUGUACUUCUUGUUAUUGACAGCUGAUUCAUCUGUAUUUUGCUAAUCUUCUUGUUUUCUGGCUUCCUUUCCUGUUAUUCCACCAAAUUCAUAUCAAUUUGCAACAAAAAUAUUCAUCAAUCAUGAAAUUAUUAUGAAUCAAGAGCCAUUCUCAAAUGGAAUCUAUUAGCUGAAAAAAUAUGCCUUGUCGCUGGUAUUCUUUCCUCUGCUGCUGGUGGCUGAAUCCUGUGGCUCUGUUUCUCCUUUAGGUUCAUGAGGUUUAGUUAAUGCUGGUGGUUCGAUUCCUUCAAAAUUGCUAGCAGAAUUCAUGGUCUGUGGCCAUGUUCCUAGAUUCAUUAGCAGUUAUCUAGAUACACUUUCUUUUUUUUGGGUAUCCAGACACACUUUCACUGCAGAAAAGUAACAAGAAUUUUUUUUCUUUGAGCUCAUCAGUUUCCUGACCUGGACAUCUUGAAAGAUACUGAUACUUGAUUUAUUUAAUGGCCUUGAGACGCUACUCCCAUAUUCAAAACUCUGUUGGCAUAAUUUUUUUCCUUGUAUAGCUGCAAGAAGAAUGGGUGUCACAUAAAACUACAGGGAAUCUGGAAUUAGCUUCUUGUAGCAAGUACCAUUGAUUUAUGCGUCGAGUCCUUACCCCCUUUCCAUUUUUUGCAUGAUUUAUCGCCAAUGUUUAUACCAAUAUGGAAGGCUGUGAAGCCAUCAACUAGGGCUGUUCAUUGCUUUCAUAACAGUUAGGCCAAAAGCUUUACAACGAUGCUGGCUGAAUGGAAGGUCUUCCAUUCCUGCAAUACAUUGAUAAAGCUCACUGUUUCUAUCUCCGUCCAUUCUAGCUGCUAUCUAUCAUCUGACCUUUGAGUUGGUAUAUCUCAACUAGGGGUGCAUUUUCUUGAUUUCAGCUAUCCCUUCUCGUCUUUCUAUUUUGAAUGAUCAAUAAAUCCCCCAGAACAACAAGAUACACUAAUCUUCUAAGCCUUAUGCUCUUCUGGUAGCAUUCCUUGAAGCAUGCACCUUAACAAAGAGAGAGAAUGAUGCAGCAAUUUCUGCUUUGUUUGAAGGAUCCUGUGCAAAAGACACCCUGGGAACUACUAUUUUCUGCUGUAGUUCCAGUGAUUGCAAUACCAUUUCCACGCCUUGAGUCUGUUGGAGCUGUGCUUCUGCAAUAGCCUUUUCUCAAUGGAAAAAUAAAGGAUGCAAGUCUCGUUAACCGGCUUCACCUAUUUACACGUAGAUGUUUUACCUGAAAGCUCUUUUCAGUUCUCCCAUCUGAUUCUUCCGCAAUUUUUCUCCGUACUUUCUCUUUGGCCAUGCAUGGUUAAAUGUAUGGCAGCAAAGAAAAAUGUUCUUCUUACUCAGACUCCUGAAGGCAAAUGUUUUUGUCUUUCUCAAGGCAGAUAUUACCUGGUUUGAGUAAUUGUGCAAAAUAAGUAAUUAGAAAGCAGUGUUGACUGAUUCAAUUCAACGCAUAGUGUCCAUAUACAGACCUGAAGAGAGGAGAGAACAGGUGAAGUCCUGGGGGCAUUUAUUUAGGCACUAAAGUAAACACGCUGGUGCCUCUGAAGUCCUAAAAUCACUUCCAAAACUUGAAAUCAAACCGCGUUGAGGGUGUUUUAUCUUAUGUAAUAAGCAACUGCUUCCUUGUUUGGUUGACCUGGUUUAAUUGCAAGAAGCACAAGUGUUCAGGAACUAAUCCUUUGCCCAGUUUCAAUGGCUUUCAUGAUCCUCUCACUCUUGCUCCAUUCUCAUCUUUUUUCCAUACUAGCUUAUCAGUACUCUCUAGCUUCCUCCAGGAAAAUUGCUGUCAAUUGUGGGUCAAAUGGUACAUCAGCGACGACCGAUUAUGGGGAAUGGAUAGGAGAUGUACCAUCAGAAUUUACUCGUUCACCCCUACUAAGAGGCUCAUCGGUCAGCUCAACUGUGGAUAUGGCAGAUGCUGAUCCGGUUCCCUACAGAUACGCCCGAAUCUCUCGUUUUCAGUUUUCCUAUGUGUUCCAAGAAGUCAGUCCAGGUCAGAAACAUAUUCGCCUUCACUUCAAUCCAGUUUCAUACCGGGGUUUUGGAAUGUAUAGAGACCUUUUCAUAGUACAGGCUGGACGUUUGACCCUCCUUGGUAACUUCAGUGCUUCAUUAACUGCAGAUGCUCUUGGCCUGAAAUACUUUGUCAAAGAAUUCUGGAUCACCGUGGAAGAAAACCAAACUUUGAGAUUAAAAUUUUCCCCUGCACGUAGUCUACUACAUGAUACAUAUGCAUUUGUAAAUGGAAUAGAAGUCAUCGACAUGCCUACUUCCCUUUAUUACACUCAUGAUAAUUGUCUUGGAGCACAAUUCAUAGGCCAUAACUUUCACGUGUUGCUUGAUAGUAGCACUGUGCUUGAAAUGGUUCAUCAGUUAAAUAUUCAAGAGGAAUCCAUUUCACAAGCCAAUAGUUCUGGCAUGCUUCAUAGUAGGAUUACCAGAAAGACAAACAAGAUCAACUUCUUUGCAUGGAACGUACCAGUGGAUGUGGGAUUUAGAUACUUAGUACGUCUUCAUUUGAGUGAACCACAAAAUUAUAUGGAAAUUUCAGGUAUCAUGGAAUUUAGUGUCCUAAUCAAUGGUAAGAUUGCAGACACUAAGGUGGAUUCAGCUCGCCGAAGGAGCCACAAUGACAUCCAUUGCUACAGGGACUAUGUGGUGAUGAUGAACGGACACGGGCAAGAAGGUAAGCGUGAUCUCAUGAUUGCAAUGAAGACAAAGAGUGGUCUGAGUGAUGGACCACUAGCGCGAUUUGAGAUACUCAAAUUGAGCAACCUCAAUAAUAGCCUUGCCAGUCUGGACCCCUUGCCUCCAUCACAAACUUUAUCAUCCAGGGGUCUAUGGAAGUCUAUUCUACUCUUAGUUUCUGAUCAUGGAAAUGCUGUUGGAAGUAUUGUGGUCGCUGUCGGGACUCUAACCACCUUAGUUAAUUAUAAGUUGCAUAAAAUUGCGGAAGCUAAGUGGAAGAAGCAAUCUGCCUUGACAGAGGGAUUACGUUGUUUUUCACUUGAUGAGAUGCAAUCAGCCACGGACAACUUCAGCCAUACUCCUAUUGGAAGGGGGUCAUUUGGAAAAGUCUAUAGAGGACUAAUUGAUGACGGGCAACGCAAGGUUGCCAUAAAAAAGUUAACAUUUGGCUCUCAUCAGGGGGAAAAUGAGUUUUGGAACGAGGUUGAAGCACUCUCCAAGCUGAGGCAUGCCAAUGUUGUUUCUUUGAUUGGCUACUGCUAUGAACGUGAAGAAAUGAUCCUUGUGUAUGAACUUAUGCCGCUUGGAACAUUGGCUGCCAAUCUCUUCAAAAACAACAUCACUGAUAACUCCCUCUCUUGGGAGCAGCGCCUCAGGAUCUGCAUUGGAGCUGCCAGAGGAUUAGACUAUCUUCACACUAAUGGAGUUAUACAUCGCGAUGUGAAGUCCUCGAACAUCUUACUAGAUGAUGAGUUUAGGGCCAAAAUUUCUGAUUUUGGAUUUGCAAAACUUGGGGAGACGAUGCAGCUGCAUAGCUAUAUUAACACAAGGAUUGUAGGCACAAAUGGAUACCUGGACCCAGACUAUAUGAGAAAUCAACGACUUACCAAGAAAUCUGAUGUUUACUCCUUUGGUGUUGUGUUAUUUGAGGUUCUGUCUGGGAAAAGAGCAGUGAACUCAAGAGGUCAAGACUGCCAGCCUGACCUCAUCAGUUGGGCUAGAGGUCACAUACGUAAUGGAGAUAUUGAUAAGAUUGUUGAACCCAGUCUUAGGGGGAAAAUGUCACUCAAAUGCUUGAAAGACUUUGUGGAAAUCUCCGAAAAAUGCUUGCAUGAUGAACCAAAGAAACGACCUACUAUGGUUCAAGUGGUGGCAAUGCUUGAAUUUCUACAUGAAGAACAUGUUGCUGGAAAAAGCAACUCCAAAAUGGUUCAAAAUCGUGUGGCUCAAGAUAGAGGAACACAACAUCUAGAGGCUCCUUUAGGAAGUACUCAACCAAAAAUUCUCAAGGAUUCCACCAGAGGUGCACAGGUAUGUGUUGGAGGAAGCUCUUCAAGUAACGAGCAAUUCAUGCUUAGGCCGAGAAAACAAUUUCAGAGGAGUAAAGCACUGACUUUUCCAGAUGGACCUUGCCAUCACUUCUCAAAAUUUAGUAUUGAGAAUGCCACAGAAAACUUUAGUGAUAAAUGCCUCAUCAUAAGCAAUGUAUUCUACAAGAUAUAUGCAGGUAGCUACAAGUCCUUUGGCAGAAAUAUAACCAUUGCUCGGUUUAAAUGUGCACAAGAGCGUAUACCUGCUGUCUGUAUGGAGCUAGAAAUGCUUUCGAAGCUUUAUCACCCAAAUCUUGCAUGUAUAAUCGGAUAUUGCUGCGGUGAUAAGGGUGAGAUAUUCAUUGUAUAUGAGUAUGCAGGAGAUAACACCCUCCUUCAUUACCUGAAAACCAGCAAUCUAUCUUGGAAAAUCAGGCUUUUUAUUUGCAUUGGUGUAGCACAAGGAUUGGAUUACCUUCAUAUGCGCACCGGGAAAACCAUCAUCCAUGGGGAUGUCAGUCCUAGCGUCAUUUUCUUGGACGAGGGUUGGUGCGCAAAGGUUGUAAACUUUGGUUCUAUUUUAAGCCCCUCAGAUGUUCAUGAUCCAGCUUUAACAUGGCAAACGUCCCUUGAAUUGCAAAACAUGCCACCAGAUUUCACAUAUCCCACCAAAUUCACUGAAAAAUCUGAUGUGUACUUGUUUGGGGUGCUUCUGUUGGAAGUACUGUGUCCCGAGUACCUCCAUAAUCACCUGCUACUAGAUAGGAUCAGACAAGCUAUCAAGAAGAAGGCUCUUGGUCGAAUUAUUGACCCAUAUCUACAUGGGAAAAUUGAAGCAAAAUCUUUAUGUGAAUUUCUUGAAGUUACUUUUAGCUGCUUGCAACUGGAGCAAGUCGAUAGGCCACCAAUGGAUAGAGUAGUAUCUUGCCUAGACGAAGCUCUAUGGCUGCAGUGCGACGCAGAAAAACGUUCUCUAAAAGACAACGAGAAUCAGGAUGGAUUCACUUUGGACAAUGUCUAUCCAGAAUUACAUCACUUUGCAUCAAUCACUCUUCAAAACAAUCAACAAAGUGGCAUCACAAGUAGUCGAUAGUGUUCGAAGCCAUCUGCUUUCUGUGUGAAGAAGCAGUAUCCAGAGCUUCAGCAAAGCAUAAACAACAAUUGAGGAAGAUAUGGCUAAAAAAAUCCAGCAGCAGGAACCCGGCGUACGAC